AUGGAGUAUCUCGUACGUCUGAUUCAGAUACACGAGACCUUUCGAAAACCAGAACUUGAGGCGCUUGCAGAACUCGUGAGCGUGGGUCUCGAGAUCGUCUACUAUCACGACAGCUCCCCCUUUUGCAUCAUCCGCCUCCCCUCCCCCGCCGCGGCGCGCGCCCUGAUAACCCGCUCGAUCCUCAGCGCCGGCAUCUACGAGCUCUGGGGCAGCGGUACCGACUACGCCUCUCUCCACGUCUCCGUCCGCACACGCACCGCAGCCUUCUGGCCCAGCUAUAAGACGACCUCCUUCCGCUUCACGCUCGACGGCUUCCAAGGCAAACGCAGCACCGCCACGCAACGCGCCCUGAUCGAGUCCUUCUCGUAUAUGGGCUUCGACGGCCCGAUCCUCAUGAAUGGCGCUGAGCUGCAGCUGUGUGUGUUCGAGGAGUAUGCGCUCCGAGCUCCUGGGGCUGCGGUGGAGGAGCCCAGGCAGCUGUAUCUGGGCCGCUUCAUCACUGCCAGCGGCCGUGCGGCGGUGACUAAGUACGAUCUGAAGAAGAGGGCGUACAUCAGCACGACGAGCAUGGAUGCGGAGCUUGCGCUUGUGACGGCGAAUCUAGCGUUAGCCGCGCCGGGGAAGCUGAUGUACGAUCCGUUCGUCGGCACCGGUGGUUUCCCCCUCGCGUGCGCGCAUUUUGGCGCUAUGGCGAUAGGGAGCGAUAUUGAUGGGCGGAGUAUUAGGGGGAAGAAUGGGAUGGGGGUGAUUAGUAACUUUGUGCAGUACAGGCUCUUGGGUAACUAUGGCGAUUGCUUCGUUGCGGAUCUAACGAACACGCCAAUGAGGGAGGGGAGAUGGCUGGAUGGGAUAGUGUGCGACCCGCCGUAUGGCGUCCGUGAGGGGUUGAAGGUGCUUGGAAACAAGGACGGGAAGGGGACGGAGGCGGUGUAUGUUGAUGGCAAGUUGGCGCAUCUACCGAAGGGAAGCAUGCUAACGAGUGUAUUGCUUCAUGACAAAAGGCAGGACGGCUUCGUUCCUCCGAAACGACCGUACAGCUUCGAGGCCAUGUUGGAUGAUAUCCUGGAAUUCGCGUCCGUCAUGCUAGUCGACGACGCCAGGCUCUCCAUGUGGAUGCCUACAGCCAACGACGAAGAUAUCGAGCUCGCCAUUCCGACACAUCCGUGUCUCGAGAUCGUCAGUGUCUGUGUUCAAGCUUUCAACAAAUGGUCGCGAAGACUGCUGACAUAUCGGCGCAUUCCGGAUUCAGAAGUCGAUAGUACGGCAGUGCAGCAGCGGCGCGAGUACAGCUCAGGAAUACAUGCCAAUGAUCUGAAUUCGUUCCGCAGAAAGUACUUUGAAGGGUUCAAGGUUCCGAACGGUGACACACAGAGCAACGGCGCCCCACUGCCGUGA